AUGCAGAAUCAGAGAUUGAAGCUGCAACAGCAUCAGGCUCUGAUGCAGCAAGCGAUCCUUCAGCAACAGUCGCUUUAUCAUCCCGGCCUUUUAGCUGCUCCUCAGAUUGAGCCAAUGGCAAGUGGAAAUCUGCCUCCUGGGUUUGAUCCAAGUACUUGCCGCAGUGUGUAUGUUGGGAAUGUUCACAUACAGGUGACGGAGCCACUUCUCCAAGAAGUUUUUACUAGUACUGGUCCUGUGGAAAGCUGCAAGCUUGUUAGAAAAGAAAAGUCAUCUUAUGGUUUCGUUCACUACUAUGACCGUAGAUCUGCUGCACUUGCAAUAUUGUCCCUCAACGGGAGACAUCUGUUUGGGCAGCCUAUCAAAGUUAACUGGGCUUAUACCAGUGGUCAGAGGGAGGACACAUCAGGCCACUACAAUAUAUUUGUCGGUGACCUAAGUGCCGAGGUGACAGAUGCUAUGUUGUUCGCAUGCUUUUCUGUUUAUCCUAGCUGUUCUGAUGCGAGGGUUAUGUGGGAUCAAAAGACUGGCCGUUCCAGAGGGUUUGGAUUUGUCUCUUUCAGGAGCCAACAGGAUGCUCAGAAUGCAAUUAAUGACUUAACUGGAAAAUGGCUUGGAAGCAGACAGAUACGCUGUAACUGGGCCACAAAAGGCGCUGGAAACAGUGAUGACCAGCAGAGCUCAGAUGCUAAAAGUGUUGUGGAACUAACAAAUGGCUCCUCUGAAGAUGUGAAGGAGGCAGCAAAUAGUGAUGCUCCUGAGAACAAUCCCCAAUACACUACUGUGUAUGUUGGCAAUCUUGCUCCAGAAGUGACCCAGGCUGAUCUGCACCGUUACUUUUAUGCACUUGGUGCUGGAUCGAUUGAGGAGGUUCGUGUCCAGCGUGAUAAGGGAUUUGGUUUUGUGAGGUACAGCACACAUGGAGAAGCUGCUAUGGCAAUAUCCAUGGGAAAUGCUCAGCCUUUCCUCGGUAGCAGACAAAUUAAGUGCUCGUGGGGUAACAAACCAACUCCACCUGGAACAGCCUCAAACCCUCUCCAGCCACCUGCACCGCCAACCAUUGGCGGCCUAUCGGCCUCUGAACUCUUGGCGUACGAGCAGCAACUUGCAAUGAGCAAAAUGAGCCUGAUGGGGCAACAUCCUCUGAAGCAAGGGUCCAUGGGAAUGGGUGCGGGUGCAAGCCAGGCCAUGUAUGAUGGGUCUUACCAGAAUGUUGCUGCUGCCCAGCAGCUCAUGUACUAUCAGUAA